CUUUCUAUAUUUAUGUAAAGUAAUUCCGAAAACUCAGCGAUAUCAACUCACUGAAUAUAAAAUUUCUAUUUUCUCAAUUUGACGAAAAUCGUUUCUCGAAGGUAUAAAUAGAAUGCAAAAAAUGUGUCUGAAUUCAAACAUCACACUAUCAAGAAGAAGUAGUACUCAAUUUAAGGAAAUUUCUCAACGUCGAUACGCACUAUACAAAAAUGAAGGCACAUCAAGUCAGCGGUGUAAUUAUACUUGUAUUCCUUGCAAAUUGUCAAAGAUGUUUUUCACGUCGAAUUUAUGAUGCAGAAGCUCAAUUUCUAUCCAGCGAACAUCUAGAUGAAUCAGCUGAUUUCCCAAGCUACAGAGAAAUAAAAAGACAGUCGGCUGAUUGUCCAUCAAUCAUUGACUCGCCAAGACAUUGUCCAUACGUCAGAGGAUACUCUGGAACGAAUGACCAAGAAAAUCUAUCAGGAAGUAGCAUUACUCCUUGGACAACAAAAAUUGACAUGGAUCCUUUACGCUCACCCCAGGCUUUUCCAGUAGUGUGUUGUGCAUGCACCCACUGCGUUGACAUGUCUGGUUCCGAGCCUAAAAUCCUGCGAGAACAUUACAGUGAGAAAGUCUACGUAAAAAAGGAAGUGAGAAGAGCGGAGGAUGGAUUUCGACCUCGCUAUAUCAAAGUAGCUGUUGGAUGCACCUGUGUUCACAAACCCUUUGGUGGACAUCGAAUGUAACCUGAAACAUGAAGUUUAAUUUGUCGUUUACUUUUAAAAUAUGUUUUAAAAUGUUUUGAGAAUUUCAUCAAAUGCUUUAAAUACUUUUAGGAAAUGUUUUAUGUACUACAGCCCAACGAAGUAAAGUUUGUCUCGUGUGGCGGUUGAUUUUUAUGAAGCGUGUAAAUAUUUUAUAUAUUCUACGAAAAGGAAUCGA